GAAAAUGCAGUAUUUGGCCGACGCAAACUUUCGCCAAAAUUUGAAUCCUCGCAUGUUCGGGCAGCGUCCGCCGUAUUUUCCGGGCAGGGUCGGUGACCGCUCCGUGCCCAGCGUGGAUGAGAUUCUCGGGCGUGGAGAGGCCAUGCCCGGCCGCUACUUGGUUGAACGUCCUCCACCAUCGCCGCCGCAGAACUCCGCUUGGUCCUCGAGUCCACGUCGCACCGACCGCCGCGACGUGGACUUCGCCAAGGAUGAUGCCAGCUACAUGUACGCCUUCCAAGCGAACCCGCCAGGAUCCCCCACUGAUCCCAGUCUCGGGGAUUACUCGAAGGACCCUCCAAACUAUGCGAACAUAUUCCGGGAAAACGUUGCAGGAGGCCCUUCCGAAGAAGGGUCUCCUACAGGUCGACGCCGCGGUGGAUCCCCCGUUGCUCGACGUGGCAAAGGAGCUCCGAUUGAUGCUAUUCCACGACUCUGUGGACCCCCCAUGGGUCCUAUUCCAGAUCGCUGUGGACCCUCCAUUGCUCGACGUCGCAAUGGAGACCCUCUUUAUGCUAUUCCAGGACUCUGUGGUUCCCCCAUGGGUCCUAUUCCAGGUCGCUGUGGUUCCCCCAUGGGUCCUAUUCCGGGUCGCUGUGGUUCCCCCGACUAUGCCAACAUCUUUGGCCGAAACCCUCCUGGGGGACAGGCAAUGUUCAGUGACAGGCGUGCUCUGCUCCUCAAUCCAUUCGAUCCACGUCCUUGUAUCCCAAAUUCGAUACAAAGCCGUCGCCUUGGCCACUGGUCAAGCUUCGAGGAUGGCAGCUCCGAAAAUGGUCGUGGGAAUCGAAGCUUCCCGAAUUUCGAUUGGAGCCGCAGCUCCCAGGACUUCCAGGGGAAUCGCAGAUUCCAGGUCUUCGAAGGGAAUGGCAGCUCCCAGGACUUCCAGGGGAAUCGCAGAUUCCAGGCCUUCGAAGGGAAUGGCAGCUCCCACAAUUUCGAGGGGAAUCGCAGCUCCCAAUAUCUGAACGACUUUGAGGAUUACCGCAGUGACAACGAUUCCGGGUUUAUUGAUGGUCGUCCCCGCUGUGAUGCUGGACGUCGAAGCUUUGAGAACUUUGGCAACUUUGGUGGAUCCAACGAGGCCAAUGACGGACGAAUCCAAGGGAUCGGUGGCCACAGUUUCCAGCCACUCGAAUCGUACCACCCGGAAAUGGGGCGCAAACGCCGGGCGGAGGAGUUCGAUAAUUGGCAGCCGGAGAAGGAGAAGGAGAGGGUGAGGGUGAGAGGGAGGGGGAGGGGAAAGCGCCCGUGUCCGGAAAAGGCCGUCUUUCGCAUUGGCGGCUUCAGGCUGGACAACGCCAGCCAUUGCGGGGGACGCCGCAAGCUGCCGCAGCCGGAGGAGAUGUCGCACGCCGUGCGCUUCUUCAAGCGAUACCCCGUCUACCGGAUCCGUGCGAAGAAGUCCCAGAUGGCGGACUCGGUCAAGUACCACUUCAUGGAGGAGGACGGGGCCCAGGACGACGACGAUGCCUUCAUCCGGCACACCAUAGCCGAGGAGUGGGUGAAGGUCUACGCCGCGAGGAACUACCGCAGCUGGGCCAGUUGGUGGAGCGACUUCGAGGACUGCGGCCGGGCCAUUGCCAAGGAGCUGGAGCGGUUCGAUGGCUUCACGGUGAAGCGGAACUUCGAGCCGCCCGAGGGGCCCAUCGACUCGGAGGCCUAUCUCGGCAUGGCCGUCGUCGCCCUCGAGGAGAACAACAUCACGUAUCUGAAGAACAUGCGCUACCUCUACCGCCUGAUCGACUUCAAUGUCCUGCGGAACCUGAGCGCCAACGCCUCCGGCCAUCUGCAGGACAUCAUACGCUCCAUUCCGAACCACUUGUGGCGCUACAAGAUGCGCUCCUUCGUCUUCCUCUGGUCCUGGUACCACAAGAUGGCCAACAGCCAGACGCCCGACGGCCAGACGAACCACCAGGCCAUCCUCCAGCUGUGGAACAACCCCGUGCUGCACUGGCUGGCCAAGCAGGCCUUCGACGAGACGGUGGCCAUCAGCAAAAUCGAAGUAUUUCACUCAGAAGAGCCCUGGACCCGGACCCGGGCCCGGACCCGGGAGGAGGCCUUCCUGAGAAAUGGGCCACCGCGAAAGACAUUUAUUGUAUCCUUAGAGCGCCUGACAGACGCGUGCUGA